AUGGAUUUAACCAUCCUAACUAUCGUCUUCCUCACCUCUAACCUCUGGGGCAUGUAUCACCAUGUCCCUUUCACCAACAUCAAUCCCACACGCUCGUUUCUCGAGCGGGCCGUUAGUUCCUUCCAGAUCACUGGCGCCAUCUACACCCUCCAGGAAAUGCAUCCUAUUAUCUUCCCCGAGAUAUUGCAGGAGCGUGACGCUUGGCUCAAUGAACAUCCUUCUUUCCCAUCGGAACUUGAUGAUAUUAUCAAGUGCGCCAUGGAAAAAUACACGGCUAGUCGAAACAUUACCAAUCUAUCCGCAUAUCGGGCUCCUACUGACACUUCUGGCAGUAAUGGGCAGUUUGAUCCGCAUGCUAUUGGUAUUCAUCUGAGGAAAUGUCUCCAUCCGCGGUUGGAAUCGCAUAAUGGUGCUGUGAAGGCGGUUUGGGAAGGCUUGGCACUGGCGUUUUUUGGGUUCUCGCUUCUAUUCUUCGUUUGGAAGGAGAAUAACAAAACGGUUAUGGAUAUGACUCCGAAUAACCAGUCCGGUGAUUCUCUCGCAACUAUUGUCCAGACACUACUUCAAGAUCGCUUGUCGUUGUCCAGUUCAGUAUCUCGUGAUGAGCUUGUCAGCAUCUUGAACGGGUUCAUGUCAAGCAUCACGCCAAACAUCACCGAAGAUAUUGCGUCCCUCAAGACGAACAUGGGAGAAAUUACGGACUUCUUAAACAGCAUAGGAGAACGCAUUCAGCCCGGAUACGAGGCCAUCCAAGGCAUUAUCGAAAAUGUCUACAAUGAGCUGUCGAGUCAAAUCGAACAAGUCAACGCAUCAGUCGCUUGCUCGAGACUCUCCGACGAUUACGACAACAAAAUUUCGAUCACACACCUUUACGACCUAAUUUCCAGCAUCGACGGUAUAAUUGAGGUUCAGAGAGAUAUUUCCAACAUCCUGGUGCAACGGGCAGAACACGAAGAGUAUGGUACUGUUGCCUGCGACUCAGGUAUAAAAAGCGUCGAUGAGUCUUCCUCCCAGGUCUCUUCUUCUUUCCUUUUAUCACAUCCUCACUACUCUGAUAUCGAACGGUUAAUCCAAGGAUUAACCGCAGAUUUUGAUGAGUUACAGGAUAGUUUACAGCCGGUUAUAGCAUCUAGUAACUGCGUCUCUCAGCUGCUUGAAGAUCUUGUGGAACGUGUGCUUUCCAUCCAACUGGCUACUAGUUUAGUGCCUUUUGACGUGGAAGCCACCUUUAGAGAGCUCAACAGGUUUAGAGAAAAGCAGGAAGCUCUGGAAGCUAAUAUUAACCAAGCCAUCCUCUCGGGCUCUAACAAAGUAUCCGAGAUGGGAAAGCAUGCUUUGAACGCCAAUUUCCAGAGCAUGGAAGAACGCAUCACUGCUCUUGAGCAAUUGAUUGCUACGAACUCCCCCUUGGACCCGAAUAAGGAGGGAAGUAUUACCAAUGUUGAUGUCCUGGUUGCAACUAUUUACAACCUCGAAGAGGCCAAUCAGCAUCUUACAAGUCGGCUGGUCAUAGCCGAAAGCAACCUACAGAAAGUCGCUCACCACGAUGCCGAGAUCAACCGGAUCGUGAAGCGCAUCGUCCACGACGGCAAGCUUUUUAGCUAUGCCACGGACGUGAAAAACAUCAGCCUAGAGGAACUGGCCAAGACUUUCAAACAUCACGUCGAGCGGUUCAAGUCUGAAACACAGUGGCUUGCUGAGCAGGUCUAUCCUGUGGCUGAACAUGCAGCCAGACUUGACCGACUUGAGAGGAGUAACAAGGGUAAUUAUGCCCACCUCCUCGAGUGCAUGAAGAAGCUUGGGAUCCAGUUCCGGCUUGAUGCGGGAGACGGCAUUGAGGAGAUGCUUGUGUCUAUGGACGUCAAGGUCCCUGCUAACAACGUCGUCGGGAAUAUUCAGGAGGAGAGGAAGGAGGAGACACAGGAGGAAUUAACACAGGCAGAUACCUGUGCCCCUGUCGUCUCGCAAAAGGAGGAAAAGAACAAGGAAGGGAGGAAGAGAGAGUCCCCCGCCCCAGAGAAGAGAUCCGGCUUGGGAUUCUCGCGCUGGGCUGCGGCCGAGUCCGUCCCAGCGUCCCCAGGCAGCAAGGAAGGCAGCCUAGAGUCGUCCCGAUGGGCGGGGGACCAACCAAAACAAGCCCCCUCAGCCAACAAAAACCAGGGGUUGAGAUCGUCAAGAUGGGCCUCGAUGUCGGAAGCGUCGCCGGCGCCCAAGAAAGCCGGGCUUGAAUCGUCAAAAUGGGCAUCUACCCCAACAACCCCGGUGCCCAGCAAGACUGCGGGGUUGAAGUCGUCGCUUUGGGCUAACUAA